ACAAGAAGGAGUAUAAGAGGAAAUGUUUGUUCAAGAAACAAAGAAGGAAAGAAAAAGGAAGGAAAAAAAAUUGCUGAAGCAAAAUGUGACUGGGAAGGAUGGGAAGAUCAAUUAUUUUUGGUUUGGCCAACUUACAUAAUGAUUAUAAUUAUUUGUUUUUUUGUUUCUCAUAGUCUUAAUCGUUUGCUUUACAGGCCAGGAUGAAGUCAGUCCAGUUUUGCUUCCUUUUCUGUUGCUGGAGAGUAAUCUGCUGCAAGAGCUGUGAGCUGACAAACAUUACCAUCACAGUGGAGAAAGAGGAAUGUCGCUUCUGCAUAAGCAUCAAUGCCACUUGGUGUGCAGGCUACUGCUACACCCGGGAUCUAGUGUACAAGGACCCAGCCAGGCCCAACAACCAGAAAACAUGUACCUUCAAAGAGCUGGUGUACGAGACAGUGAAAGUGCCCGGCUGUGCUCACCAGGCAGAUUCCCUGUAUACAUAUCCAGUAGCCACUGAAUGUCACUGUGGCAAGUGUGACAGUGACAGUACUGACUGCACCGUACAAGGCCUGGGGCCCAGCUACUGCUCCUUCAGUGAAAUGAAAGAAUAA